UUGCUGCCAUGAAAAUAUCAAUAGUUUUUGCUAUGUUGACUUUAAUGAUUCAUGCAGAAGGUAACAGUGACGUUGUAUGUCCGAUCCCGCUAUGUCAAUGUCGGUAUUUACAAGCUAUUUGCUCCGGGAAGAAUCUUACGUACAUUCCUCGUUUACCAGAUCAAAUUCGCUCUGUAACGUUUAUAAAUGGUAAUCUCGGAGUACUUUCCCGACAAAGCAUAGAAAACUUAACUUUUAAUCACAUUGAAAAGCUAAAGUUCACAAAUAAUAGGAUUUCUGAAAUUAAGCCAAAUACAUUUACUAACUUCACUUGGAUUACUCAUUUUACUAUUUCAUCAGAACACUCAUUAGAUGUAUUUGAUGUUAGGUAUGCAUUGAUAGAUAUUGGCACAGGAUCUAGAUAUCUACAAAAGCUCUACUUAACAGACAUUGGUGUGACUGUUCUUCCGAAUGAUAUGUUCAAAUCCUUAAAAGCAAGUAAAAUUCAUACGAUAAGUCUAAAAAACAAUAGCAUGACGGUUUUGAAUUGCUUGUUGUUUUCAGAUUUAAAACAAUUGGCUGAACUGGACGUAAGAUUUAAUAAAAUAACACAUGUCAUACCCGGGGUGAUGCCAAACCUUCGAAUACUAUACUUAAACCACAAUAAUUUAAUUCGUUUACCGAAUUUUUGUAUAGACAACUAUAUAAAUAGUGCAUUUGGUAACUUAUUACAACUCUACAUAAGUAACAAUAAGAUAUCAAACCUUAGUCAAUUUCGAUGUUUGCCAAAGCUUCAAGUUCUCAUCCUCAGUAGUAAUCUAAUCCGAAUUAUUUAUUUUGAUACGUUUAAAAAUUUACACAAUUUGACGGAACUCGGAUUAAUGGCUGUAGGUCAACCAUUGAAAAAAAUAGAAGAUGGAGCUUUAAAUAUUUCGACGUUGAAGACAUUAUCGCUUAGAAAGUGUCAUUUUGAUUUCUUCAGACUUCCACCAUUGGCUCUUAGUAAAAUAUUUGUAUUCUGCAAAGGUUUAGAAAGUUUAGAUCUCGCUGGAAAUGUAAUAAACAAUGGUUUAUCUGUUUUGCCUUUGUUGCUAUCUCCAUUGACAAAGUUGAGAAAACUAAACUUACAAGCAACCAGGCUAAACUAUUUGCCGGAAUACACAUUUACAAAAAUGCAAUUCAUUAAGAGACUUAUAUUAAAUGAUAAUAGAAUAUAUAGUUGGCAUGGUCCAAAAGUUUUCGGCAACCUUACAUCUUUAAGAUAUAUUGAUUUGGGUAGUAACUUGAUAACUAUCAUUGUCGAGACAUCAUUUCCGCCAUCUUUAUUGAAAAAUUUAGAAAAAAUAAGUUUAGCCAUCAACCGCUUUUCCUGUAUUUGUGAGCAAAUGUGGUUUUUGAAUUGGCUGCGCCAGACGAAUAUUAGCAUUGUAAGUUAUCCCGAUAAAUACUAUUGUACUCAGCCAAGUAACCUUAAUCAUGUGUUACUUGAAUAUUACAAACCUACUGUUGAAUUGUGUACUCCUUGGGAUCCAAUUUGGACGACCGUCAUUUUAAUUUCUGCUUUUGGAUUCCUGAUAAUAAUAACGUUUUUUUUUUUCUUAAAGUGCAACACAAAUGUGAAGAAUUAUGUUUAUCUUCUUAGAGUGAAACAUCGUAAAAAGUUCGGUUAUUUGCCAAUUGAAAGCAGCGAGGAUUAUAAAUAUCAUGCCUUCGUUGUUUAUUGCGAUUCAGAUCGGAUAUGGGUUCAUAACCAGUUUGUUAAAAGACUUGAAAACGAAGAGGGUUUUAAGUUUUGCAUUCACCAUAGAGAUUUUGUUGCCGGAGAUACAAUUAGUUCAAAUGUAGACAAUUUUCUAAAGGAAUCAUGGAAGGUUGUUGUUAUUAUGUCAAAUGCGUUGGCUAAAAGUGAAUGGUGUCAAUGGGAAAUCGACAUCGUUCAGGAAAGAAGGCGUCGUCAAGGACGAGAUGCACUUGUGUUAAUUAUGCUUGAAAAUAUUAACUCGAAAAGUAUGACGAGUCCAUUGCGUACCUUGCUAGACAGUACACCAUAUAUUCGUUACAAAAAAGGAAUUGGGGAGGAUUUAUUCUGGGAAGCUGUUGUAGAAGGUCUUCGAAAAUCAGUCGGACAUCAUCCAGUUUCCUUGUUAUAAAAAUUGUAAAUUUAAGCAGCCGUAUAAUGGUUUACAUUUAUAAAUUGUCACUUGGAUGGAGAGUUGUUUCAUCUG